CGCCUUCUGGUUUGCACGAGCCCCUGUUUUUCGCGCGAGCUCUUGUGUUGUGUGUGCGCGAGCCCUGCCCCUGUUUCCAGGCAGAUAGUAGUAGUCAACAUGGCGGCGACGGGUAACGAAGAACAGACGUUGUUGCCAGAUAUCGAAGAGGAGGCUGAGGGCAUGGAGCGAGAGAUGGAGUCGGAAGAGGAAGAAGAAGGAAUGGGAGUCGAGCAGUCCGACGAGGAAGAUGAAGAGGAUACGUCUGAGGACGAGCGGGAGAAUGAAGCGGAGAUCCAGAGGCUGGAGGAACAGUUGUCAAUCAACGUGUUUGACUACAACUGCCAUGUUGACCUAAUCAAACUCCUGCGGCAAGAAGGGAAGCUUCACAGACUACGCAAGGCCAGGCAGAAGAUGAGCGAACUCUUUCCUCUCACUGAAGAGAUUUGGCUGGAUUGGCUGAAGGAUGAAAUUCGCCUAACAGAAGAUGAAUCAGGCCGUGAGAAAGUCUACGAGCUGUUCGAGAGGGCUGUCAAGGAUUAUGUCUGUCCAGAGAUCUGGCUGGAAUACGUACAGUACUCCAUCGGGGGAAUGGGAGCCCAGGGAGGCAUUGAGCGGGUGCGCUCCAUCUUUGAGAGGGCGCUGACUGCAGUGGGUUUACACAUGACUAAAGGAGCUACAAUCUGGGAGGCCUACAGGGAGUUCGAGAUUGUUAUUCUCUCCACAGUACAGCCUCCUCCUGGAAGCGUUCCAUCACAGGACCAGCAAGAGUUGUUGAAAGCCCAGCUCGAACGCAUACACACGCUCUUUAGGCGGCAGCUAGCUGUACCUCUGAUGGAUAUGGAGGGAACAUAUGCGGAAUACUCUGAUUGGGCCGACGAUGGUGUACCUGAGAUGGUCACACGCCAGUACAGACGUGCCCUGCAACAGUUGGAGAAAUGCAAACCUUUCGAGGAGGCUUUGCUGGUCUCUGAAACUCCAAAGCUGGCAGAGUAUCAAGCCUACAUAGAUUUUGAAAUGAAGGAAGGAGAUCCGGCUCGUGUCCAGAUAAUAUUUGAGCGAGCGCUGGCGGAGAAUUGCCUUGUGCCGGACCUGUGGAUCAAAUACACCACAUAUCUGGAUCGUCAGUUGAAAAUUAAAGACCUAGUGUUAUCUGCUUAUGAGAGAGCCGUCAGGAACUGUCCCUGGACCAUGGGCCUGUGGAAGAGCUAUAUUUUGGCUCUAGAGAGGCAUAAGGCUGACCAUCAGACAAUGACAGAUGUGUUUGAAAAGGCCCUGAACGCAGGGUUCAUCCAGGCGACUGAUUAUGUAGAAAUCUGGCAAUCUUAUCUGGACUACCUGAGGAGACGUGUUGAUUUCAGCAAAGAAUGGAGCAGGGAGUUGGAUGAGCUGCGGGCAGCUUUUGCACGCUCCCUUGACUACCUGAAACAAGAUGUAGAAGAGAGGUUCAGUGAAAGUGGAGAUCUGUCCUGCACAAUAAUGCAGAUCUGGGCAAGGAUAGAGGCCUUACACUGUAAGAACAUGCAGAAGGCCCGUGAACUGUGGGACAGCAUCAUGACAAAAGGAAAUGCAAAACAUGCCAACAUGUGGCUGGAAUAUUACAACCUGGAAAGGUCAUAUGGAGAUGCUUCUCACUGCAGGAAGGCUCUCCACAGAGCUGUACAGUGUACAUCAGACUAUCCUGAGCAUGUCUGUGAUGUCCUGCUCAACUUUGAAAGAGUGGAGGGCUCUCUGGAAGACUGGGAUGCUGCUGUCCAAAAAACAGAGACUAAAAUCAACAGAGUCAAUGAGCAGAGAGCAAGAGUGGCUGAAAAAGAGGCUCUCCAAGCCAGACAAGAGGAGGACAAAGCCGAGAACCGGAGGAAAGCCAAGGCAGAUAAAAAAGGCCAAAAAAAGAGCCAGAAAGCAAACAGAACGGGGGAUAAACGGAAGGCUGAAGAUGAGUACGAGGAGGAAUGGGGAGAGGAUGCAGAGCUGCCAUCCAAGAGGCUCAGAGGGGAGAAGGACUUUGGUAGCACAGCCACAGAGGAGCUCAUGGAGACAGAAAGUGGGCUUUUCGGCCGACGAGCUCCACCACGUAAAACUGAGCCACCUGGUUUCCGUAAGAAUCAGCAGGGAUCAUCUGAAGCACCGCGACAACCCCAGGACGUAUCAAAGGAGCCACGCAAAGAUGAAAAUAGUGUAUUUGUCAGUAACUUGGCUUUUAAUCUGGAUGACCCAGAUGGCAAGCUUCGAACAUUGUUUCAGGGUUGUGGGACUGUACAGCAGGUGCGGCCCGUGUUUUCAAUGAAUGGUGUGUUUAGAGGCUAUUGCUAUGUGCAGUUUGAGGACCAACUGGCUGUACCUGAGGCACUGAAACUGGACAGGCAGGAGGUGGAUGGGCGGCCCAUGUAUGUGUCUCCUUGUGUGGACAAGAAUAAGAAUCCUGACUUCAAGGUAUUUAAGUACAAAACAGCAAUGGAAAAGCACAAGAUCUUUAUCUCAGGCCUGCCGUACACGUGCACUAAAGAGACACUGGAGGAUCUCUGUAAACAGCACGGCACAGUGAAAGCCAUCCGGCUGGUCACCAACCGUUCUGGCAAACCCAAGGGUUUGGCGUAUGUAGAAUAUGAGAAUGAAGCACAGGCCUCACAGGCUGUGCUGAAGUUGGAUGGCACCAUGUUGGAGAACUUCACACUCUCUGUUGCCAUUAGCAACCCCCCCGGCAGAAAGAUGGAAGAUAAAGGAGUGCCUAGUCGACUCCUGGGGGCAGCGAUGCCAAGGCAACCUCAGGGAGCAAGAGGGAAAGGACGCACCCAGAUCUCUCUGCUGCCACGCUCUCUAUACCGGCAGAGUACUCCAGAUGCCAAAGCAGAGAACGGGACCGUUUCUGCACCACAUACCACAGUGACAGAUGGGGUGCACGGAGGACCUGGAUCCGCAAGCCUGGACACUCAAACCAAGUCUCUCUCCAAUGAGGACUUUGCCAGGAUGCUCCUCAAGAAGUGAAACUGUAUGCAGAUAACACAAGAAGAAUACCUGCCUUCUGACAGAAAGCCAUGCUGUGUCCUUUCAAAGUCUGGCGGAGACACAGCGUUUUAAUUUAGCUUACAGCCUACGUGACCACUCCCGAUAUAUAGUAAAACUAUUUUAACACCUCAACCAUGGAGAUGUGAGCUGUAUUGUUUUCUUUAUUUCUUAAUAAUAACGAAAGGGAUUUGGGGGGCAGAUUUCAGAUUUUGUCAGCGAGUAUUUUUUUAACGGGAUGUUAAAAAAAACGAUGUGAAUCGUUGUUUUAAAAGGUAUAUGCAAGAACAUUUCAUAUGAAGAUACAUGAUGUAUUAAAAAUAGGUUUCAACACGGCUUCAUUUCUCAGUAGGUCCCUUUUGGGGCAGUUGAUAUGUAGAUGCGUCCUGUACCUCUGCCUUGUCAAAGGCAACAAAAAAAAUAAAGAUCAAAACCUUUAUUUUACAUAUUCUCUGAACUGCUUGUAUAAAUUUAUUUGCUGUACCAUGACCAUUUGAAACAUUCUUGCAUGUUUAGAUUUACAACUAAUUCUGUAAUAAAGUCUUCAUAAAAGCACUAAAUGGAGUAAUAGAUGAUCUUGUCAGCAAAUAAAAUCCAGCACCUUGCCAACAACACGUGACUAAGAGGUUUAACUUGUGUUAAUUAGACUGCAGCGCUUCAAUUAAAAGCUGUGCACUGUCCUGUCCUGAAAAUGAGUAGAUAAAUUUUUUUUUUUUUUUCGUGCAUUUUGUAUUUCUCCAAGUGCUGCCCUUUGAUUCUAGUUUAAUUGCUGACACAGCUUGUAAACCUGCCUUACCUUGUGUGCUCAAUAAUGGUCUGAAGGGUAAAGCUUGUCCUCCCCAGCCAGAUUCAAUUCAACAUUCAGUUUAGAGCUAGAGCUUUAGCUAAUCUAGAACCUUCGAUCCCAAUUGCUUGUGCGUUCAUAUUCAAGUUGAAGGAUUGGCUGAGGAGCUUGGUUGUUGUUGCUUUAGAACCGAUUGGGAUCUUCCCUGAAGUUGAAGAAUCUAUGCAGCUGUAUAUCGCUAGAACCUUCCACUGAGUUCACCUAAUUGUGAACCAUCCUAUACUGUAUUGUGUGUAUAUAUACACAACAGAUAUCAUCUAAAAAUGUCCUGGAUAUUCGUAUUAUUUACUGGUUUUGAUGGCUAUGAUGGAUUUGUGUAUUUCAUCCACUAUUAAAUGUUAAGCUGAUCUAUUUUUUUUAACUGCAGUGUCAUACACUAGGCAGUUCCCUCCUGCAUUGUUCUUUUGGUUGUUUGAUUCGCGUUCACACCCCUCAAUGGUUGGCCAUAGUUUUGUAAAACAUUUGUAUAUUUUGAACUCUAAAUGAAAAGUAGCUCUAUAUAUUUGCGUUUGAUCACCACAGUGGCCUGAAGUAGUGAUUGAG